UAUGGCGGACAGACAUUUUUGGGUGUGUAAAGUGUAUUUACUGUGUUUCAGUCGUGAAUAACAUAAAUAAUGGACUUUAAGUGGUAAUUAACACAAUACAACAGUAAUCUAUACAAAUAUAAAUGAGUGUUAACUAGUUGGUGUCACGUGAGCUUUUAAAUCAAUGAAUGUGCCUGUUGUGACUGACGAGAGAUAGGAAUAAAACUCCGAUGCGUCGUUUCUCUCCAUCAGUUUGUUAGAAAGCAAUAAAUUGUUAACAAUUAGAAGAGAAAAUAGCAAUAAAUGCCUAACAUAGUUAGAACAAUGCAAUCAAGAAGUGCCGUCAAGAGUUUACAAAUAAAACAGUGCGAGAAAACGUCAGUAUGAUGGAAUCUGACCUUCCGCCCGGUAGCUGUAACUCCACCGGACAUCUGUCCACUAUUGGCUAUCACACCCUGCCUGGUCGGAUGCAUCAUUCCGCCAGCACGCCGGCCGGCGUGGAUGGCGCCGGCGGCGGGUCACGCACGCCGCCGGCGACGCCAAAAAAGGGCGGCAAGAUGCUCGCCGUCAGGGUGCAAAUGCUGGAUGACUCCAUAUCCAUGUUCCAGAUACAGUCGAAAGCGCUGGGGCGAGUGCUGUUCGAGCAGGUCUGUCGACAGUUGCACCUGCUCGAGGCGGACUACUUCGGCCUGGAGUACCAGGACACCAACAACACCAGGUACUGGCUAGACGUGGAGAAGCCGAUGUGCCGGCAGCUGGGGCUGACGAUGCUGGAGCCGACGCUCCGCUUCUGCGUCAAGUUCUACACGCCCGACCCUGCGCGCCUGGAAGAGGAGUUCACGCGCUACCUGUUCUGCCUGCAGGUGAAGCGUGAUCUCGCGCAAGGCUGCAUCCAGUGCAACGAGAAUACCGCCGCGCUCAUGGCCAGCUAUAUCGUGCAGGCGGAGUGCGGCGACUUCGUCCCUGAGGACUACCCGGACCACACGUACCUGAGCGGGUACAAGUUCUUCCCCGGGCAGGACUCGGAGUCCGAGCGCCGGAUAAUGGAGAACCACAAGAAACACACGGGUCAAAGUCCAGCGGAAGCGGACUUGAAUUUAUUGGAGACAGCACGAAGAUGCGAGUUAUAUGGCAUCAAAAUGCACCCGGCCAAAGACCACGACAACGUGCCCUUAAACCUGGCGGUCGCGCAUAUGGGCAUCGUGGUGUUCCAGAACUUCACGAAAAUCAACACCUUCAGCUGGGCCAAGAUCAGGAAGAUAUCCUUCAAGAGGAAAAAGUUCCUCAUCAAGCUGCAUCCGGAGGGAUAUGGAGCAUACAGAGACGUGGUGGAAUUCUUCUUCGAAGGUCGCAACGAAUGCAAAAACUUCUGGAAGAAAUGCGUCGAGAACCACGGCUUCUUCCGGUGUACCAGCGUGCCCCGCCUGCCGAGGCAUAAAACCAGGGUCAUAUCUAGGGGAUCCUCAUUUAGGUAUAGCGGCAAAACGCAGAAACAAAUCGUAGAGUUCGUGCGAGACAACUACGUGAAACGACAAACAUUCCAAAGCGAUUUCCCUGGAGUGGGACAAGCAGCCUCACUACCUGGAGGCCUCUCUGAUGAUGAAGGGAUACAGCGCGGAGGAAGCGCGCGCGGCGGCGGAGAGGGCGGCCCAGCGACGCACCUCGGAGGGCGCGACUCGCCCGCCUCUCGCAGCUACCGCCUAUGCCACCACGAGGGACAAGCUGUCAAAGCUGUACUGCAGCCAAAUCGGUGCUCCCGAGCUGGUGACCCGUGUCGAGGUCAACCAUCGUCCUACGGCGGAUUCGCCUCCGCCUCAUCAGAUGACGACACCAUCGGGUUCUCCGGAGAAUACAUGGAACCUGCGGAGUUCGGUCGCGAGUGGCCGCGCGCGCGCGCCCACUCCGCCGCCGCGUGCCCCGCGCCCCCGCCCGCCCCCAGACGAGAUAUCUCCGGACGAAACAGAAGAGAACACGAUAUCAUCAGCGAGCCUGUGUAUGUCGCCGACGCCGGCUGAGAGAACCGAGGCGCCGCUGUGCGCGUCUACGCCUCUGGUGGCCAAGUCCAACACAACGGGUGCCUUGACCAACGGCCAUGAUGCAGUGGACAAGGC